GAUCGAUAUACUCGUCAGCAGGCACGCCAGGGUGCCUCAAGUUUGAGAGGAGCGUCGCCUCACGCAUGUCACGCAUCCCCCAUUUUAUCGUUUUUUCUCUUUAUUUUCGUCGCUAACUUUUCCUCCAUUCUCUUCUGUCUUGCUUUUAUUAUUUCUUCGUUAUUUAAACUCUCAAUUUCCUCUUUUCACCCUCUCCUCGGCAGCCCCCGAGAUGAAUUACUGAUCUCAUUCGCGUGACCGCCUUAUUUCCAGUUCUUUUUCUACCACCAGACUUUUUCAAACUCCGUGCCCGUUCAUCAACCCGCUGCUAGUGUCGUUGGUGCGCGAUUCUUUUUAUUCUCGAUCCCCAGUCUCACGCGACUUUAAUGAUCAGUGGAAUUCCACCCGAGUCCAAAUUCCUCCAUGUUUUUUUCGACUCAUUUUCCCGUCCAACGGUUCGCGUGGUUUUGGAAAUAUUUAUGUGAAUAUUAGUGAAGGGGUGACUAACGAAACUGUUCGGAGACCCUUCGGAGGGAUGCGAAUAAAUUUUUAAUUCGCUGUGUCGUUGUGCUUCGAACGAAUUUUCGAGUGUGCCGGCUCGCCGGACUCCGAAAUAUUGCAGUUCCGCGUUUUAUCUCUUUUCUUUUCCAACCCCCUCGAGUGGACAAGAACGUUCUUCUAUUCUUCUUCUCUUCUUUCUACCCCACCCCCUACCUCCAACCGGAUUGAGCCGAGCACACGAGGAACCAGACGGACCAAGAACGUACGGCCAAUCCACCCCAGAAGUUAGAGAAACGCGAGCACCAUUAUUGAAAUAAUGAAGAGAGAGGCUGACGCCAAUGCUAUGGCAGGGGGUCCUCAGAGUCCCCAUAAACGUUACCGUCAAGGCGACGAUGAACUUCGACUUCUCAUCCCUAGCAAGGUCGCCGGUUCGAUAAUCGGCAAAGGCGGCCAAAACAUCACGAAGCUACGCAGUCAGUACAAAGCCUCAAUCAUUGUACCCGAUUGCCCCGGACCCGAACGGGUGUUGACCAUCAGCUCGGACCUUGAUACUGUUCUACAGGUCGUGAACAAGGUCGUCCCUAACCUGGAAGAGAAUGGCUCGAAACACGGAAGCGACGAAAUUGAUGUUCGCAUGCUCGUUCAUCAGAGCCAGGCCGGCUGCAUCAUCGGCAAAGGAGGCCUCAAAAUCAAGGAACUUCGUGAGAAAACUGGGGCCAGAAUCAAGAUCUACUCGAACUGCUGUCCCCACAGCACCGAUCGCGUCAUCAGCAUCUGCGGCAAACCAGCAACUUGCAUGGAAUGCAUCAGGGAAUUGGUCGCCACCAUAAAAACGUCGCCCCUUAAAGGAGUCAACAACCCCUACGAUCCUCACAACUACGACGAUUAUUACGCCGACGAAUACGGCGGCUACGGAAGCGGCGAGGGCCAAGGAAAACCCGGUGGAUUUGGGGGACCCGGAGGCCGCGGUGGGAACGCCGGAGGCGGUGGCGGCGGCGGCGGCGGUGGCGGCGGUGGAGGCGGCGGCAUGCCGCGUCGUGACACCCGAGGCGGUGGACCACCGGACAUGAACAGAGCUUUCCCACCCCCUCCGAGAGGCGGACCCCGCGGCGGAGGCGGCGGCGGCGGUGGCGGAAUGUCCGGACCUCCGGACCGCGGAUACGGAGGCGGCAACGCGCGAGGAGGAAACGGUGGCGGCGGCGGUGGAGGAGGCGGAAAUUACGACGGCGGACGAGGCGGCGGCGGCGGCGGCGGCGGUGGCGGCUACACCGGAAAUCGCGGCGGACCACCACCUUACGGAGGCGGAAAUUACAACGAUAACGGAUGGGGAAUGCAAGGAAACGCACCGAACGGCCUCGGCGGCGGAAACUCGGGAAUGGGAGGACCGCCUCUCGGUGGAAACAAUCAGGGAAAUCAGGGCAACAUGGGAGGCGGAGGCGGUGGAGGCGGCGGCGGUAACAAAACGAGCACUCAAGUCACCAUUCCCAAAGAGUACGCCGGAGCAAUAAUCGGCAAGGGAGGCGCGAGGAUUCGAAAAAUCCGAUCGGACAGCGGGGCUGGAAUAACCAUAGACGAAGCUCUGCCCGGUAGCAAUGAUCGCAUUAUUACGAUAACCGGUAUUCCGAAUCAAAUACAAAUGGCUCAGUACCUGUUGCAACAAAGCGUUCAAGACAACGCCGACCAUUAUUAGUUCUCCGUGAAAGACGAGGAGAAGGAUAAGCCAGAAGAGUGAAGAAAGAAGAGGAAAAGAAUAACAUAAGAAGAUAUAAAUCAACGAUCGAUAAAAAAACGAGAAAAAGAGAGUAACUACUGAGUGAAAAAGUUGAAGAAAAUGAAGAAAAAAACACACACUAACGAACACAAACAUAAAGCCGGGGGAGCCAAAGAUGCGAUUGUAACGAUUUUCAAUUUUCAUUAUUUUUUAUUAUUAAUUAUUAAAAUCCCUCCCACCCCAAUACAAUCCUCGUAAUCUUAAUUAUUUCGUUAGCAAAAACGGUAGAGAAGAGUGCCGAUUUUUCGUGUGCGUAGAGGACGUCACAUAUCUGUGCGAAGAAAUCAUCUAAUAAAAUCGUCUCUUUCGUUCUCGCGAAUGCUUCAAUUGGAACGCAAAGAAUUUUUGAAACUCAAUAACGUCAUCAAAACUGAAACGUCCGAGAGCGAACAUUUUCAAUAUUUUUUUUAUUUGAAUUUUCGCACGUGUGUGUUCGCCGCGCCUCGAUCAAGAACGAAUAGAGGCACGAGAAUAUUUAACAAAGAGCUUUUUUUUUAGAAAUAUCGAGAAAAAAACCUACCGAAAUGGCUUUUCUUACUAAAUUUUUCCGACUUUGACCCUUUUUUGCAUCAUCGUCAUCGCGCUGUCAAGCUAAAUUGAGAGAAACAGAACAAUGGAAAAACCCGUUUUAAAGUGGCGCCAACGAAUCGUCGUUCUCCCUUUUGAUUUUCCGUUUUUUUCUUCUUUUCCAAAUUUACGAGUCCCAGUGGGAACAAAAAAUUUUUGAAAAAAACAAUUUAAAAAUUCCAUUGAUUUUUUCCACUUUUCUUUCGUCAUUACCGAUCGUGUAUCGUUUCGGGUGAACCGAUAACGCGAAAGCCCUCGACAAACGAAUCACAAAAAGUGAGAGAAAAAAACUGUUUCGCCACUUUGAAUCGAUUUUUCCAGGAUACUCUGUCACAAAGCUGUAAAUAAACGAUAAUAAAAAAACAACAACAACAACAACAACAACAACAAAAGGAACAAACACGAAAUGAGAAGAAACAAUAAACAUGCGACGAAUCAUUUAUUUUGCCCGAUUUUUUAAAUCUCCCUCAAGAGAAGAAAAAAAUACGAUCAACAAAUUGAAAUUGUACCGACAGAAAUCCCUGAUCGCAGCAGUAAACGCUUAAGAAUAUCUCGUUCGUAAGAAUUAUUAUUAAAAAUAAUAUUAAUUAUGAAUAAAGAAUAAAUAACAGAAUAAAAUAAUAAAUAAUUAAUGAUUAAGAGUGACUAAGACGAGAAAGAGACGUGAAAGUUUUGUUUUUUCUUUUUUUUUUUCUCAACAAACUCAAACGCGAGUAAUUUUAUCCUCCUCCAAAAAGAUACUUUUUUCGGCAUAAAAGUGUCGAAAGUACGAUUUUCCCUUGUUUUUUCCAGCGGCUUUUUUCCCACAUCGCAUUUUUAUCAGUUUUUCUCUGAAUUUUCCACAGUUUUCAUCACGACCAAAAACUCCCAUCGAUUUCCGCGCCGCACCAGGGAGUGACCUUUUCCCCGUUUCUAUCCUCAGGACUCAAGGGCAUUUUCACCUCCCUCCACCCCCUUUUUGUACUCCUCCUUGGCAUUAUUAAAACCAUGAGAUUUUCGAAAUUGUCGCCUUCAGCUAUUUUAACAGUUUAAGCACAGGAACGUGACGAGAGAAAAAGUCAAUCGUUGGAGCCCAAGAUCCCUCCUUUCCUCGUGACUUUUCAACGAAUUUUUCUCAUCCACUAAACAAACCAACUCAAAUAUUCGAUCCUCCAACCAGUUCGUUUGAUUUCCUCCCCCUUUUGAUACAACUCAAGUGUACAACACCCGUUGAAAUCUCGAUCGUCAGUCGUGUACCAAUCAAAAGAAUUAUGUUAAAAUAACGAUCACGAAGCAACCACAGUGAAUAAUAACUAUCGAAAAUUUUCAUUUUCAUGCAUUUCAUUCGUUAUUUUUUUUUCCUAAAACUUCGUAUAUCGAUGACCAAUUAUUUACACUGUUAAUAGCGAUAAAGAGGGCAACAAUUUUAAGGAAAUUGGCAAACGUUUGAAGGAAACGAUUCGUUUUGUUUUUUUCUCUUUUUUUUAUGUCGACGGAUCGUAAGUGCUACAAACAAAUAUCAAAUUCGUGGUUUCUCGCAAAGAACCGUAUUUAAUAAGUUUUAUUAUUAUUAUUAUUAUUAUUAUUAUUAUUGUAUUCUACAAAUAAACAACAUUUACACAACCACAUUGAUCCUUUAAACAGACCGAAACCAUGUAUUAUAAGGAUUUAAAGUUUACAAUUAUUUGUAAUAAUGAAUAAUUCUUAUUUGUCGAAUAAAAAUUAGUACAAACGA